CAUUAUUUUUUCCCUUAUAAAAAGGUUCCUAAGGUACUCUUCCAUUUCCCAAACCAUUCCAAAUUGCUAGCUCACUCAUUUUCAUAGAGAGAGAGAAAAAAAAAGAAAGGAAGCCAUGAACAACACUAAUAAUAAUCAAGUUGAAGAUCAUAUGGUACUCUAUACCCAGUUGUACCCUGGUGUUUACCCCCAAAUGGUACCUCAACAAGGUGAGACAAAAACAAAACGACGUCGUAAGAAGAGCAAAAGCGCUAAGGAAGAAAGCGCUUUGGCAAGAAAGAGGAAAUUAAGCGAUGAACAAGUGAACCUUCUUGAGAUGAAUUUUGGGAGUGAACAUAAGUUAGAAUCGGAAAGAAAGGACCGUUUGGCUGCGGAGUUAGGACUUGACCCUAGACAAGUCGCUGUUUGGUUCCAAAACAGAAGGGCUCGUUGGAAGAACAAGAAAUUGGAACAAGAAUACUCUAACUUGAAAAAAAUUCAUGACUCUGUUGUUCAUGACAAAUGCUGUCUUGAAUCUGAGGUACUAAAACUGAAGGAACAACUGUCAAAUGCAGAGAUGAAGAUCCAACGGUUGACAGAGCGCGUGGAAUGCGUGUCGAGUAACAGCCCUAGCUCUUCAAUGUCGAUGGAAGCAGUCAUGGACCCACCAUUUUUAGGAGAGUUUGGAGUAGUGGAAGAAUACGACGACGUUUUCUACGUGCCUGAUGAUAACAACCCUUAUAUUAACAAUGGCAUGGAAUGGAUGAAUCUGUAUAUGUGAUUUCUGAAUUAGACAAUAGUAGUAAUUAAUAUAACUAUUAAUAAGCAUUUUAAUCAAUUAAUUAAGCUAAUUAAGUACGUAUAUUAGGAAGAUCUCAUCAUUGUAGAUAUAAUGAUCAUUAAAAACUUAUUAUCAUGUAAUUAACUAAAUCGUUUUCUUCUCUUAUUA